GUUCUCCCCCGCUUAUGUACUUUUUAAAUUUCAAAACUUUAUUUUUAUUUUAUUUUUAUUUGUUUACUAUGCAAAGUCAUUUUUGUAAAUGGGAUUUCUCGAAACACAUUUUAAAAUGUGCUUGGGUGCAUAACUUCUUUUUUUAAAAAAUAUUUUUAUUAAACAGUUUUUUAAAAAAACAAAAACAGAUAUUUACUUCUUCUUUUCAAUAUUUUCGCAUAACUUUUAAAGAGCUGUCACAUUGGAAAAGUUUUGUUUUAGCCAUGCUAAACAGAUCUUCCGCAAGCGACCCCCCCCCACUCCGAAAUCAAAAUGAGAUUUUUUUUUGCAUCCAGUAGUAUCAGAUGUUUGGCCGAUAACUGGUUUGUUAAGACUGCCAACUCUUUUAACUAAUUGCCAUGUGACAUUUAUGCAGCGGAUGGUCUAUCCACUGCAUUUUUAGAUCCAUCUGUGCAAAUUACAGAGUCUCUGAGAAAGGCGUACUUAAAAACGACCUUUAGGAUAUUAUCUCCACAGCUUGCUGUACAAAAAAAUUACAGUAUUGCAGAGCCUCGUUUUAGGAAAGAAAUACGGGGAAGAGUUUGUGCAAUGUUUGCAACAGGCUACCUUCAUUCGUGAUAUUCAGUCAAAUCUACUAUCUAAACUACAUUACCUUCAUUUAAUAGUUCAGUGAUGGGUGUGAGCCCAUCAAUUGAAUGAUCAUUUUUCCCCCACAAUUCCACUUUUGCAACAACACCAGAUAUUUCAGAAGCUUGUGAAGGCACCUUAAAUCUUCCCAGUCCUUUUUUAAAAAAAAUCUUUAUUCAUCCUUGAAAAUUCCAAAAUCCAUGGAAUUCAAAUAACUAUCAAGAUUCUAAACUGUUGCUAGGCAUCGCCAUCGCCUUGCCCACUACAGUGUUCUUCCUUAAUGUGAUAUUUUCAGGCUGGUGGUUAUUUCCACUUUCCAUGUAGUCUCUGUAUAUGUUGGGUUCCAGAUAGAUUUCUGUUAAGGAUUGAUCACCAUGGAUCCUCAAAAGCCAACUUUUAAGAAAGAGUUAACUUUCAAGACAUCGCCUUCCCUCAAGUCUUCUAUCAGUGGUUCUUCAGCUAGAUUAUCUGACAGCAAAAAGUCAUCUGACCGAGGGAGGCCAUUUGAUAGACGGAGAUCUUCUGACAGAAGGAGAUCCUCCACCAGAGAGAGCUCAUCUGACAGAAGGCGAUCAUCUGACAGGAGAUCCUCUGCAAGAGAACUGUAUUUCAGAAGGUCAUCAGUCGAAAGAUCAGCUGACAGACGGAGACCUUCUGACAGAAGGAGAUCAUCUGCCAGGAGGCCCUCUGCAAGAGAACCAUAUUUCAGAAGGAGGUCAUCAGCUGACCGAGGGAGGACAUUUGACAGGAGGAGAUCUUCUGACAGAAGGAGAUCCUCCACCAGAGAGAGCUCAUCUGACAGAAGGCGAUCAUCUGCCAGGAGAUCCUCUGCAAGAGAACCGUAUUUCAGAAGGAGAUCAUCAGUCGAAAGAUCAGCUGACAGACGGAGAUCUUCUGACAGAAGGAGAUCAUCUGCCAGGAGGCCCUCUGUAAGAGAACCAUAUUUCAGAAGGAGAUCAUCAGCAGACCGAGGGAGGACAUUUGACAGGAGGAGAUCUUCUGACAGAAGGAGAUCCUCCACCAGAGAUAGAUCAUCUGACAGAAGGAGAUCAUCUGCCAGGAGGCCCUCUGUAAGAGAACCAUAUUUCAGAAGGAAGUCAUCAGCUGACCGAGGGAGGACAUUUGACAGGAGGAGAUCUUCUGACAGAAGGAGAUCCUCCACCAGAGAGAGAGAAGAAAGAAGAAAAUCAUCUCUAAAGUGGCCAUAUUUCAGAAGGAGGUCAUCAACCAGACCGUACUUUAGAAGAUGGUCUGAUGUAUCAUCAGAUGAGGGAAGCUAUUAUUCUGACUUAGAAGAUUAUGAAAGCGACUGGGGUUCAGAUGAAUCUUCGGACAUGGAGGAUUCUGAACAUACUUUGAGCACAACGAUCAAGACAAAUAUUCAGAUGGACCAGGAAGGCCUUGGUAUCAUACUAAUUCAGAAUGGGCCUUAUCUCCAGGUUUCUGGUCUGGUAGAGAAAGGUGCUGCUGCCAGAGACGGCAAACUCCAAGCAGGCGACAUCCUACUCAAAAUCGGACACGCCAACGUCUUAGGAUGGACCUUGCGAGAACUCAGACAGCUCCUGCACACCGCUCCCAUAGGGACCAUUCUGCAAAUCCAGGUUUACAGGGAUUUUAUUAAAAUCCCAAACCGGUGGCAGACUGCCCUCAUGAACAUUCCUGAAUUAAAAGGGCCUGCAACAGAGUACAUAGAGAGUUACGACAGUGAAGAAAAUUGGACCAGCAGCGAGGACUCGGAGAACGAGAGCGAAGAGAUGGUUGAAGAAAGCGAGAGUGACAGUGAGGAGAGCUACCAGGAACCGCAGCGUGUAAGAGCUGUGUCGGUGGGCAGCGUCCGUAGCAUCCAUAGCGUCCAUAGUGUCCGAAGCAUCCAUAGUGUCCGAAGCAUCCAUAGUGUCCAUAGCAUCCGCAGCGUCCAUAAUGUCCAAAGCGUCCAUACUGUCCGUAAGAAACGUAACGUCCAUAAUGUGAAAACUCUGCGCUCGCUUUCCAUUGAGCCUUUGAUCAAACAUCAACCCAAAUGGAUCUCCAAAGACUGGCACAUUUUUGAAAGGAAAACCUACACCUUUACGGUGGGUUCCGACAUCGGCUGCGACAUUAUGAUCCACAAGGAUUUUGAAACGGAAAGCGAGGUGGAUAUGUCAACGUUAUACUUAUCUUCAUCCUCUCCCUACUGGACUAUGCCCAAACAUAAAGCCCCGCCCUCGACAUCGUCUUCUUCCUCCGUGUCGGAUGCGUUUUGGCUCGAAAACGUUUCUUACGAACUCGAGUAGAGAGGCCCCUGAAUUUAUCUUUGCCCCUAAGGCUAAGACAGGGGGGGCACCGCGUUGGACCUAUGGCCCGGAUUUUCGCUUGCACCCCUUAUCCCUGAACUGAAAAUCGGUUAUCAUGUGUGUGGAGAUGUGAAAACCUGGCGUUUUUUUGAAACUAGAAAUGCUCUACUGUGGAGGAACCCCCUUAGAAGGGAAGAAGAAACCUGGUUUUCUUACGGACAGUUUUUGGAAGCCGGCCUCUGGAGAAUAAUGGAAAGAGCUGCAUUCAGCUGCCCUUCGCUUUUAGAGGUUAAGAAUUUACUUCAAAAUGAUCACACUGAUCUAAGUCUCCAAAGACAGUUAACAUGGAUGAAAACUAGACGCAAAUGCACUUUGGAGUGUGCAAAUUAACCACAGGCACCAGCCUAAUAUAGCUGCAAUCGGCUUUACAGGAUCUCUGGGCAAACUCUGUCCCUCAGCACUGAAGAUGGGGGUACCCGUGAUUCAGGAUUCAGUCCCAGAUAUGGGGAUUGCUGAUCCUUUUAUGAAGGAAAUCAUUAAGAUCCCAGAAGUGCCCCCCCAAAUUCCUGCCUACUAAACACAGAAACAGAAAACUGAUUUCUGAUCACAUUAUAAUAAUGACUGACUGGUGCCAGACUUACAUUCACAACAUCAGCAGUGGUCACAGAGUCAAUCUGUUCAACCACGUGGGCCGGAGAGGUGUAUGUCCCCAAUGCUAACGCCUGGCUACCAAUUUCAUUCAGCAAACCUUCUGAAGACUCCACGGACAUAAAAAAUGCUGCCUUCAUUUGCUGCCUGUCAAGGAACGGGAGGGAAAGGAAGUUGGAUCCAAGAUUACUCUAAAAUGGCUGUCACUGUGGCAUUAAGGAGAUUCUCUAAGGAAAGCAACAUGAGGAAAGUCAUCUUGAGUAAUUUCACUUACGCAACUGGGAACAAAAAUAAGUUUCAAUAAAAUAUCUCCAAGAGAAAAAAAUGCCAUAAAUCAUGCACUUUGUAAAAUCAUGUAAUAAAUAAUAUAUACGUACAAAUAAAUUUGUACAAUCAGAAUAAAUAGAUUUUGGAUAA